AUGAUCACUUUUUUCCUUUUCUUGCCUAUUCAAAUCUUAGCUUUUACAUAUGAAUAAUAAUAACAACUUAUUUCUGAUGAUGUAGAUUUUUAUUUGGAUUACAAUUCAGGAAAUAUUUUUGAUUAUGCAUUUACAGAAAUGAUAGGAUAAGGUGCCUUCUCUGAAGUUUAUUUAGGAUAUAGAGUAGAAGAUUAAUAACCAGUUGUUUUAAAACAUAUUAAAGGCAGUCGAGAAAGAGUUGUUAAUAGAGAAAUCUAAAUCCUUAAAGCUUUAUAAGGAUUACCUAAUAUAGUUUAGAUUAUAGAUGCAAUAAAGGGAGAUGAAGAAGAAUCAGAUGACUUUUUUGAAUAUGGUUUUGAUAAUUAAAAUCAAGAAACACCAUAAAUGGAAACCAAAAAAUCACCUCAUAAAGAAGAUCAUAUUGAAGCUACUAUCAUAUUUGCUUAUUAAAAUACAACACGUUGUUUAGAUGAUAUUCGUAAAAGUGGGAAUUAUUCUUUACAAUAAGUGAAAAAUUACUUUAAAUAAAUAUUUACUGCUUUAAAUAAGGCUCAUGAAUUACAUAUUAUGCAUAGAGAUAUUAAAGGUUCAAAUGUUCUAGUAGAUGAUAAUGAUGAUAUUAUAUUAAUAGAUUGGGGUUUAAGUCAAUUUUAUGAUUAAGGAAGGAAGUAAUCUACAAAAAUGGGUACUAGAUACUAUAAAGCACCAGAAUUAUUAUUGAAAUAUAAAGAAUAUGAUUAUUCAAUUGAUAUUUGGGCUGUUGGAUGCAUGUUAGCAGAUUUCAUUUUUAAAACUCAUCCAUUAUUACCUGGAAAAGAUAAUGAUGAUUAAUUAAAGAAAAUUAUAUCUAUGUUGGGAACUAAUGAUUUAUUUGAAUAUAUUAGGAAAUAUAAUAUUGAAUUAGAUUUGGAUGAAAUUCCUUAAGUUUAAGAAAGACUAGAUUUCACUAAAUUGAUUAAUAAGAAGAAUUUAAAUUUAGUUACCAAAGAAGGAAUUGAUCUAUUGGAAAAAAUCUUUAUUUAUGAUCAUGUAUAUAAUUAUUCUAAUUUAUAUAGAAAUUAAGAAUAAAUGCAAGUUAAGCCUUAGAACAUGCAUUCUUCUUAUGA